AUGAAGUUCGAUGUUAAGGAGAUUGUGGCAGUCGGGGAUUCCCGAAUCGUCGUUCAACAAGCUCAGGGUCUGAUUAAUUGCAAUCAGCCUAAUUUACAACGACGCUUGGCUGAAUAUGAGGAUCUCGGGAAGAAUUUUACGUCUGUGAAGUUGAUUCAUGUUAAACGUGAAUUUAACCAAGCGGCCGACUACUUGACUUCUAAGACUCUCGUGCUUGGAGAAUCCUGGGAGCUCGAUGACCCUGACGAGAUAGUGCAUCUACGACUCGUAUCCGGAAUCCCCGAAAAGAUCAUGAAGCCUUCGGAAAUCCCAAGUACCCCUGCGGCUGAUGUGGUUCGUUCGGACCAAGUCGAACUUGGAAUGGGUAAUCCCGAUGCUGGAAUACCUGAGUCUUUAGCUGCCGCUGCUGAGGCAUUGAUGGUGAUGACGAGAUCCCGUGCGGAUGCGGACACAGGUUCCCGGACUCCUGUAGACCAGUCUGAAUACCAGGAUGAACGUUGGAGGAGAAUUAAGGUUCAUCAAGCUGAAGACCUGUGGAUCCAGCAAAUGAAAAAGGUCCUAAAAGGAGACGUGUCAGAUCUUCCACGGAACCAGGUGAAGAAGAUUGCAAAGGUAUCUGAUCAGUUUGUGUUGGAUUUGCGAGAAGUCCUUUACAGGCUGAACACACCCACUCCUGAGAGGCCCCGCAACAAACAGUCAGAACUCAGACUGGUGGUCCCAGAGGCUUUACGUGCUGACAUGUUACACUAUUCGCAUGAAGACUUUCAAGGCGGUCACCAAGGAAUCAAUAGGACAUUCGAGCGUUUGCGGUCAGAGUUCUACUGGAUCGGGAAGUACGCCGACAUCCAGACGUUUGUGAGAGAGUGCGUGGAUUGUGGGUCAGCCAAGGGGCGACCACCGGUCCUUGGCCCGUCACCUGGCAAUAUCAAACCAAGGUACCCGUUUGAGGUGGUCUCUAUGGAUUUCGUCACUGAGCUACCUGAGUCCGAUCGUGGAAAUACAUACUUGUUGCUGUUCCAAGAUCAAUUCUCAGGAUACGUCAUGUGCAAACCCAUGCGGAAUACCGGAGCCCAAGCUGUCGCGGAAGCGUACGAGGAGUGCGGAUUCCGAAGAUUUGGGGAAAGUUCUAUGUUCAGACAUGACCAGGAUCCCCGCUUCAUGAGCAAGGUGUUCACUAGAUUCAGAGACCUUCUGAAAAGUAAGCAACGUGCAACGCUAGGAUACCGGCCUCAGGCCAAUGGACAACAGGAACGCUCGGUCCAAACCGUAAUGCGAAGUGUCCGAGCGUAUGUCGCUGAAGUUGACCAGAGCGACUGGGAUGAACAUGCAGAACGCCUCAUGUUCGCCUUGAACACCUCUCCAAGAAUGAACGGCCUUGGAAUAGCGUCGGAAAUGCAACGGGAUUAUAGCCAUGCCCUUGCAUGCGCCGAAGACUUGCAAAAGAAAGCGAAGCGUGCGAGAUCUGCUGCACAGACCCGAAAGUGGAGAGAACUUUCGGAACGUGUAAAGGCAGGUUUCGAGGCCGGUGAUUCUCAAGCUCACCUGUGGCACGGACCUUUCCGAACUAACGAAAUACAUGACGACUUCAGAGUCAAGCUCAAAACCCCAGGUACGGGCUACCGUGUGAACCCGUAG